UAGGUGCUUGUCAGUAUGUCCAAAGGGAUAUAUACCUCCACUGCGAUCAAAAUCUGAUGCCCCAAAAUCCAUCGGCAUGGAGUGCCUGGAAUUUCCUGGGGACAACUAGCAGGGGCUUUUCUGUAACUUACUGGCUAAACCAAAUUCAGAAAAUCGGAUCUGUCAGGCCUUUCCUGGUGACACUCAAUCCCCCUGGUGUUCCGGAUCAUGUACUGCUUAAAUGGAAUACAAGCCUCCCUGUUCCAUCUGUGGCCGCGGCGAAGGCUUAUCUUCAGCUUGAUCAGAUCCAGGGAAAGAGAGGAAUAUGGUUCUGUGGGGCAUAUCAAGGUCAUGGAUUCCAUGAAGACGGAUUGAUGGCUGGGAAAGCAGCAGCUCAAGGUUUGCUUGGAAAGAAAUGCGAGCUUCUGUUGUACCCAAAGCAGAUCAUUCCAUCAUGGACCGUGGCUGGGGCACGCCUUGCAUUUACAAGAUUUUUCAUGCAAUACGUAUCUAUCGGUAACUUGAUAUUCGUUGAAGCGGGAGGUAGUGUGUUCAGCUUUGGUAAAGCUUGCAACAAAUGCCCUGUAAAAUCUGUUGUGCGAGUUCAUGACCCCUUGUUCUAUUGGAAGGCUACAACAGAAGGAGAGAUUGGCUUAGGAGAAGCCUAUAUUAACGGCUAUUUCUCUUGUCUUGACAAGAGAGAAGGCCUUCUGAAUCUUAUCCUGAUUCUCAUUGCUAACAGAGACGAGCGUAAGAGCCGCGGCAUUGCCAGAAAAAGGCGUUGGGGCUCACCCUUGCAUGUAAUAGCUCGGUUGUCAUAUGCUAAAUACGUUUUGCGCCACGCCUCAAGGAAGAACACCGCAGCACAAACUCGUCGAAACAUCUCUCAGCAUUAUGAUCUUAGUAAUGAUUUCUUCUCGCUUUUUCUGGAUAAAUCGAUGACUUACUCUUGUGCAGUUUUCAAGAUGGAGAACGAAAGCUUAGAAGCAGCCCAGCAACGUAAACUGAGCCUUCUAAUCGACAAGGCGAAAGUUGAGAGGGAGCAUCAUGUUCUUGACAUCGGUAGCGGCUGGGGAAGUUUAGCAAUACAAAUGGUUAAGCAAACUGGUUGCAAAUACACUGGAGUUACUUUGUCAGAGGAGCAGCUUAAAUACGCCGAGAGUAAAGUAAGAGAAGCUGGCCUAGAGGACCACAUAACUUUUCUGUUGUGUGACUAUCGCCUAAUACCACCUUACAAGUAUGAUGCGAUCAUAAGCUGUGGGAUGAUCGAACAUGUUGGCCAUGAAUACAUGGACGAAUUUUUUGCCUGCUGCGAGUCUUACUUGGCUGAAGAUGGCAUAUUGGUCCUCCAGUUCAUCUCAAUUGCAGAGGAACGAUACGAGCAAUACAGAAGAAGGCCACACUUCGUCAAAGAAUACAUAUUCCCUGGCGGUUGCAUUCCUUCUUUGGCCCGUGUAAUGUCUGCCAUGACCACGUCAUCAAGGUUCAGCAUAGAGCAUGUCGAGAAUAUUGGGCCCAAUUACUACACAACUCUGAUGCACUGGAGGGACAACUUCAUGGCCAACAAAGAUCAAGUUUUGGAACUGGGCUUUGAUGAGAAGUUCAUCCUUAUAUGGGAGUUUUACCUCAUAUACUCUGCGGCUGGUUUCAAGUCACGAGCAGUUGGAGAUUACCAGGUUGUUUUCUCUCGCCCAGGCAACCGUCGGCUAGGCAUGCCUUGAUGGCUGGCUAAAGGCAACUUAUCCUUCUCCAUUAAUAAGUCAGCCCUGGAAUGGUCGCUCAUACGGGCAGCCUAAUCAGGUGGUUUGGUGAUCUAUCUUCUUGUUUUAAUCAUGGAAUGUUUAGUUUUCAUGGUAGUGUAUUAUCUACCAAUAAACUUGCAUGUGUAUGCAAGUGCUACAUUAGCCUGGUUACUAGAAUUUGAGAAUUGUAUCAGAAAGAGUUGAUGUCCUUGAUUGUAGUUUUCGAUCUUUUCCGUGUUUGACAUUUGUGAUGUUGGUUAUGGGAGAGAAUGGAUGUUUCUAAUUA